UCUGAUCAAAGUUGUGCGUUAUUAAGAAUGACAGUUAAUGCUUUCAAUAAAGUGUUUGUUGUGCAUCUUUACCAUAUUGAAUGCUCGGCACACGGAACGUGAUUGACUUAUUUUAAUAUCCCGUAAUAUUUACCGCAAACGAUUCAAAGCAAGCAUGGGUGUUUAUGGUUUGCAAAACUUUUUGAAAAGAGAACAAAGAGUCCAUAUCGUGAAUAUUAUUGAAGAAAUCAACAAAUGGAAAAGCGAAAAUCCCGAGCAAACACCCAUAAUUGUCAUCGAUUUUAUGAGCCUUUCUCAGUGGGAAUUGGCAAAAAAACCUAAAGACAAUAUUUGCGGUGGGCGAAUCAAUGUUACUGAACAUCGAUGGAGUAAAAUGUUAAAAGCAAUCCAUGAUACUGGAUGUCAUAUGGUGUUUAUUUCGGAUGUGAAAAGCGAAGUAAGAAAAUCGGCGACAAAAAUAGGUCGCCGAAAUGAACAGUUUGAUUCUACUGUUAAAUUAUAUGAAGAAAUAAGUAAUGGUUGUAAAUUAGAUAAGGUUGUCAGUCAAAUAAAAACACCAAGAGGAUUAUCUUCGGAGCUCACAAAAUUGGCAAGCAUUGCAAAAGAGUUGGGCGAAUUUCAUUAUGCGAUUAAUUUCGAUUGCGAUUUGGAGUGUGCAAAAUAUGCUACGCAGUAUAAUGCUAUAGCUGUUGUGUCGCAAGACACGGACUUUCUCAUAUUUGAAGGCUCGUGGAAAUUAUGGUCGCCGGAUGGCAUUCCAAUUUCUCAGACAACAAAAUUUAAAAUGAAUGAAUACGACAGAAAUGCGAUCAAAGAGAUUUUAUCGUUGGAAGAGCAUCAUUGGCCGAUAUUUGCUUCCCUUGCUGGGAAUGAUUUCACAAAAGAACCAUUUUCCAUAAGAAAACAACAAAUUGAACAGGCAGCCAGAUGGACACGCAAAUUGAAUAGUGUUCAUCCUUCAGAUGCCGAGUUCCGACGUGUCGUCGCUCAGUUUCGUCAUGAUGAUGCUGCGAAAGCGAUAGAUCUCAUCAAGGAAAGUAUAAGAUCAUACGAUUUGAAUUUUUCACCCGUAAUCGAUGACGAUCCACUUAUUAAAGGGCUUUCGAAAACUAGCAUGUUUCGAACGUACAUGAGUUCGUUAGAUCCUGUAAAAAUGAUCGGUUUAAACUAUUACGAUCUACGUGGUUGUGAGCAAGCCGAAUAUUUACCGAUACUUCUGAUUGACUGGACAAAACGUAGAUUUGGCAUUGUACACAAACAUAAACAAUCCGACGAAAAUCAAAUUGUUCUCACUUUUUUGGCGCAAAAGAAAUUCAAUGAAAAAUUCGAAGAAUACAAGGAAGAGCCUGAAUAUCCCGAUUUUUCAGUGCCUCCUUUGAUUGAACUGUAUUUGCAUGAAGGCAAUAAUGAGAUUAUUGCAACGAAGUGGAAACUUCUCGCAUUUAUUAUGAAACUAUCUGAUGAUGAAGUGACUGCAAUCAAAAGGCUGGCAAAAGAAUUUAUUCUCAUAAGCACAACAGUGUUCAUUUUGGUGAAGAGUCGAUUAAUCACUAAGAAACAAGCUGAUGGAAUACUAUACACCGCGCAUAUGGUUCUUGCUGAUAAAACAAAUGAUGUUACGUAUCCAACCGUUCUGGUGGCUCAGCACGUUCGCGCAGCACAUAUUUAUAACUCAUGUUUUGCACAUGUUAAAAGGAAUAUUUACAUUGCCGGUCUAUGUUCACACAUCGAAGGUAGUCUAGCAUUUGAUGGUGUCUACUUCCAGAAGCUAAUGGAACAAUUUGAUGAUAUGGAGAUGAAAAAGGAAAACGAUGAAUACGUUACAUUCAUCGCACCCAUUCUAAAGUAUCGCAUAUAUGAAGAAAUAUAAAUCGACAUUCCUGUCUGUUAAUCUUUUAAAUAAUGUUGGUACUUGUGUUGGUGUUCUUAAUUUGUACAUUAAAUAGAAUGUAGCCAAUUUAAUAAUAAAUUUA